GACAGACAGAUAAAGAGAGAGAGAGAGAGAGAUAGAAAGAGACAGACAGAGACAGAGAAAGAGAGGCUGGCAGAGAGAGAGAGAGGGAGAAACGGAGAGGGAGAAACGGAGAGAGAGAAACGGAGAGAGAGAGAGAGUGAGAGUGAGAGAGAGAGAGAGAGAGACAGAGAGAGACGAAGAGAGAGUUGUAUUGAAGCAGCAACACAUUGGUGAGAACAGGGAAGCAGGGCGCGCGGCACGGGGACCCGCCGGAAGAAGCAGCAGCAGCAGCAGCUUGAGCGCAAGCUGGACGCAGACCGACAAAACACCGGCAGCACGAGCGACACCGAGGCGGCCAGCGGGGCGGAGAGGAGGAGGAGGAGGCACCUGCACCGUGACUCGCUCUCCCCCGCUGCCUCCGUCGUCUCUCCCUCUCUCUCUCUUCCUCUCGCGGCUGUCCUCACCCCCCUUUUUCGUUGCUCUCGGACCGCCGCUGCCGUUUCCUCGUUAAGAUGGCUGACCCCAACAGCGACGGAGACGUACCGGAGAGCGCGCGCGGCUUCGCCCGACAGGGAGCCCUCCGCCAGAAGAACGUGCACGAGGUGAAGAACCACAAGUUCAUCGCGCGCUUCUUCAAGCAGCCCACCUUCUGCAGCCACUGCACGGACUUCAUCUGGGGCUUUGGGAAACAGGGAUUCCAGUGCCAAGUGUGCUGUUUUGUGGUCCAUAAGCGCUGUCAUGAAUUUGUCACCUUCUCCUGUCCGGGGGCCGACAAAGGACCUGCCUCCGACGAUCCUCGGAGUAAACACAAGUUUAGGGUCCACACUUACUCCAGCCCCACCUUCUGUGACCACUGUGGCUCGCUCCUCUAUGGGCUGAUACACCAGGGCAUGAAAUGUGACCAUUGUAUGAUGAACAUCCACAAGCGGUGUGUGGCCAACGUCCCGAGCCUGUGUGGGACAGAUCACACCGAGAGGAGAGGACGCAUCCAGAUAACUGCCCAAAUCACCAAGGACACGCUCACCGUCACCAUCAAAGAGGCGAAGAACCUGGUGCCCAUGGACCCCAACGGCCUGUCAGACCCCUACGUGAAGCUCAAGCUGAUCCCAGAUCCCAAGAGUGAGAGCAAGCAGAAGACCAAGACCAUCAAAUGCUGCCUCAACCCCACCUGGAAUGAGACCUUCAAUUUCAACCUAAAAGAAAGUGACAAAGACCGCCGUCUGUCAGUGGAGGUCUGGGACUGGGAUUUGACCAGCAGGAACGACUUCAUGGGAUCUCUGUCCUUUGGGAUCUCAGAGUUACAAAAGCAAGGAGUAGACGGAUGGUUUAAGAUGCUAUCCCAGGAGGAAGGAGAAUACUUUAAUGUUCCCGUCCAGCCAGAAGGAGAGGAGGGUAACGAGGAGCUACGACAAAAGUUUGAGAGGGCGAAGGUAGGUCCAGGGAAAGCCGCAGACUCCUCGUCCUCUUCCUCGGUCUGCAAGUAUGACAGCAACGGCAAUCAGGACCGCGUCAAGCUUUCCGACUUCAACUUCAUCAUGGUUCUGGGCAAGGGCAGCUUUGGCAAGGUGAUGCUGGCUGAGCGGAAGGGUACAGACGAGCUGUAUGCCGUAAAAAUCCUGAAGAAAGACGUGGUGAUCCAGGACGAUGACGUGGAGUGCACCAUGGUGGAGAAGAGAGUCCUCGCUCUGUCUGGGAAACCACCUUUCCUCACUCAGCUGCACUCCUGUUUCCAGACCAUGGACCGAUUGUAUUUUGUGAUGGAGUACAUUAACGGAGGAGACCUCAUGUACCAGAUCCAACAGGUUGGAAAGUUUAAGGAGCCUCAUGCUGUGUUCUAUGCUGCAGAGAUCGCCAUCGGACUCUUCUUCCUUCACUCUAAAGGCAUUGUGUAUCGGGAUCUGAAGCUGGACAAUGUGAUGCUAGACUCUGAAGGCCAUAUAAAGAUCGCCGACUUCGGCAUGUGCAAGGAGAACAUGCUCGAUGGAGUUACCACAAAGACUUUCUGUGGAACACCAGACUACAUCGCCCCUGAGAUCAUAGCCUAUCAGCCUUAUGGGAAGUCUGUGGACUGGUGGGCCUUUGGAGUACUUCUCUAUGAAAUGCUCGCCGGACAGCCGCCUUUUGAUGGAGAAGAUGAAGAUGAGCUGUUCCAAUCGAUCAUGGAGCAUCACGUCUCGUAUCCGAAAUCCAUGUCCAAAGAAGCCGUUGCAAUCUGCAAGGGGCUGAUGACCAAGCAUCCAGGUAAGCGUCUGGGCUGUGGUCCAGAGGGGGAGAGAGACAUCAAGGAGCACGCCUUCUUCCGCUAUAUAGACUGGGAAAAACUGGAGAAUAAAGAGGUCCAGCCGCCUUUCAAACCUAAAGCUUGUGGGCGUGAUGCGGAGAACUUUGAUCGUUUUUUCACGCGCCACCCCCCAGAGCUGACCCCCCCAGAUCAGGAGCUUAUAGCCAACCUGGACCAGGAAGAAUUCCAAGGCUUCUCAUUUGUUAACCCUGAGUACCCUCACACACCUCACUGACCAUGCCACAUAUCACUGGGCUGCACUAGUAAACCCCCCCCACCCCCCACCACCACCUCAGAAACAUACACAAAACAAUAAAAAAAAUCACCAUGAUGUCAUAUCCAGGCUGAAUUCAGCAGGGUGAAGAGGUUAAAGGAAGAGUUGGACAUUUUAGAAACGUUGCUUACUUGCUUACUUACUUUCUGAGAGUUAAAUGAGAAGAUUUACUACUCCUAAAUGUUACCACUCCGAAUUAGCCCAGCUUAGCAUAUAGACUUGAAGCUUGGAUCUCUCCAAAAAAUUCAAAAAUAUGCCUUCCACAACACCUCUAAAGCUAACAUGUUUUAUCUCAUUCAUUAAAAAUGAUAAUUUGUAGUUUUAAGGUUAGUUACAUGCUUUCACUAUUUCUUGGCAAACAGCCAGGUGCAGCAACUUCUCAAAGUCUUGUCUUCACACACACACACUACGUAAUUCCCCCCUCAAAUUCACGAUAGUUGCCCCAGGACCUGCGAGGCGAGGAUCACGUGACCAUCAGAGACAGCCAACAGUGUCAGUAGACUAAUUUUAAGUAGCCGUGCUAGCUAGUCCAUGACGAAGCUCAUAACACAAGUGCCCAGGGAAAAUAAAAUUCUCUACAGCGAACAGAAAACACAGGAAAGCCGUGUUUCUUUAUUUUUCUAUAAAGUUUUGACGAACCAGUAGCUUACCUUACCACUGUGAUUUGAAGGUAAUUUAGCAAAAAAAAUUAAUAUAUAUAGACGUGUAGCACAGAAAUACGAUUUUAUACCCUUCAUGAAUAUUCAUGCAAACAUAAUGUCUAGGCAACUACAUUUAAAAAACAACAACACAUUAAAUAUCUCUUUGAGCUUUAGAGGAGCUGGUAGGUAUAUAUUUGAACCAUGCAGAGAGCCAGCUGUUUCCACUAAAUUAAGAUAAUCUUGCACUUAAAGGGGAACUCCACCAAUUUUACAAAUCAAAGUCUGUUUUCUGCAUGUAUGAAAAAAGUUGUUUAAAGCCAUUUUUUUAAACGCACAGGCAUGAGAUCUUCUCAUCUCACUCUCGGAAAGAAAAGCUUGUUUCCCAAAAUGUCGAACUACUCCUUUACAUAAUAUCCAGAUGGAAAUGCAGACAGGUGCGCAAACGCUAACAAUCAGGAGAAAUAAUCAGGUGUCAAGUUGCCAGUAGGAGACCAGUAGUCUUGUUUCUAGCGGUCACGCUGUUUUCAGUUUACUGUGGAUUAGCUCGUCAAGUUAUUCUGCUGCUCUCAUAUCAGCUGUACUGACUGGAUUUCUAUCUUUAAGUGAAGAAAUGUUGCUCGCUCCUGAAUGCUGCCCGGCUCCUAACACUGGCAGGUUCAGGUCGUAGUCCGACCUCAGGCAGGGCCGAUCUGAACCUGCUCUCUCUCCGUGUGUGUGUGUGUGUGUGUGUGUGUGUGUGUGUGUCUAUAUCACCCUCCCUGUAAUUGCAUAUUGACCUAUGACCUAUCAGUAAUAUUGAUGAGUGUACUAUGAUGACAUAUUGGUAAUAAUCAUACUGUGUAAGUGAAAACUGACCAAUUGCUUUGCUAUGAUUGUUUGAGUUCUAAUCAGUUUCCUAAUGUUGACUUUACUUUUGUCUAUAGGACCAAAUACUUCUACACUUUCUGUUCAGUCAGUGUUGUGGUGAGCUUAUCGGAUUUUUUUUUGGUGAUUUCAUUUUUUAACUAGUCAGAGGAUAGAAGUCCGUAUACAUGCAGUCAGCAAGGGUGUAGGUCAGUGUCGAGUUAGAGUUUUUUUGACUGAAAGCUCAUCUCCUUUUUCUCCAUUACUGAAAACAUUACACUGUGCUUUUAACGACAGAGGGCAUAUCUCUUAGCUUGUAAACAACUAUUUUUUUGUGGGGGUGGGGUGGGAUUUCUCUUUCAAUGAAACCCUGUAGAGUCUUGUGAAGCUGGUAGUUUGUUAGCGUACAGAAACAUGUCCAAAAGUGCCAAAAUAAGAUUCAGAUUCACAAGGGUGCAGUAAAAAAAAAAAAGUCCUAGAACUGUGAUGAAGGGCAGCCAUUUUGUGCCAUUUUACAGUACGUGUGUAAUUAUUAGAAUAUGCAUUAAAGCUUAUCUGUUCUCCAACAAUACAGCACCCUUUUAAAGUCAUUUUCAUAUAUAAAAUGAAUUGUCUGAGAAGACAAAGUGUGUUUCAAUGUGAGACUGGUUGUAUUAUCUUUUUUUGUAACUGUGUAACGAUGCAGGGUAGUAAUGUGUCAAAUCUAGUUCUUUGAGCUCGUACUGUAUCAAAAAAAGGGGAGGCGGCAGCAGCGGCAUGGUGACAUCACAUGUUGUUGUCAUGACAAAAUUCAUGUUGUAUAAAGAUGAUAUAUGAUACUGCCAGGUGAAGGAAACAAGCACUUAUUGUGAUGACGUUAACGAUGACCAAUCAUUCAUGAGAUAACAAGAUGUAGUAUGAGAAAACAUAUAUAUAUAUAUAUAUAUCAAGUUCUAUAUCAGAGAGAUAUUUGAAUAAAUUGUUAUGGAUGAGAGAGAGAUGCUUCUGUGGAUUGUGAAAUUGUCCUGUAUGACUGGAAACUGAUAAUAUACUCACUGGUGCCUACCAGACUA